GCUUAAAUAUUUAAGUACAGUAAGAUGAUGGUUGCUUUGAUGCCUGAUUGCAUUACAUUUACUGUUUAUUUAUUUAGUGUCUGUUUGAAAUAGUUUGUUUCAUAAAACACAGGUUUUACAGAUUGGUGAGCAAUGCUCUUAUUCAUCAUCACUGUAGCAUUACCAUAAUUUCUAUUUUCUUGUGUGUACAUUGCCUAACUUUUGGAAUAGCUGAAUCAGUAGUACAUUAGCACAGCAUAGUCUGAAUCUUCUUUUAAUUCACUGUCAAAAAUUGCAUGUGGUUUGUCCAUAACAUCUUUUGUAAAAUAUAUAUUCUAAUCAUAAUGUUUUUUAUCUCACAGAAUAUUCAUUUGCACAGUGAAUCUGAACCUUUAACUGAGUCUGGGGGAAGUGAAAGUGGUCGUGGUCAGUAAUCAGGAAACAUGCAGUUAAUUAGUGUACAACAAAAGAAGUCAAAGAAAAUUAGUGCUCUGCACAGUUUCUAACAGAUCCUUAAGUCUUGUAUUUACUGCAUAGAAGGAACUUAGCUGGAUUGAUUGGUCAUUGAUUAGCAGGGAAGACCUACAGAACUUUCUAAUCAAAUCCUGUUACCUGAUCAGCCUCCUGGCAUGACAUUAUCUGAAUUUAGACUGACACAACCCAGGGAUAGAACAAACAAGGAUAGGACUUUCUCAUGGAACACUAAGAACUGUUUAUAGUACCACUAAUUUAUAUGUAUACUACAGGACAUGUUUUUCACAUGGGAGCUUCUAUACUAUCUACUGUUUAAAAAUGGAAGAUGCAAUUUCUAGAAUGGUAGAUAAAGAUAACAUUCUGUUUCAACAACCAAUCCUAUAGUUUGUUGUUAAUAUUUAUGGCUAGUAAAAGCACCACUGCAGCAUUGCACACAGAGACCAGUGUUUGGACUAAGUGUAAUGUCCACAAACAUUAAUAACUUUAAAUGAAAGUGAACAGCUGCUCACCUCCUCUAAAUGAGACAGAGAUGGGCUAUAAUUAGCACAGCCAUUAGUGAAGAGUUAGAAAGCCUCCUAAUCUGCUCUGUACAUCUUCAAGUCAGAGGUUCCUAAUCAGGAGAUGAACACUAGCUCAUUUUUCGAAUGCUUUACAUGACACUAAAUGAUCAUGUGUGUCAUCAGGGAUGUAGCAUAGGUGGCUACUCUAACCUCUGAAAGGAAGUUUAAUAGGACUAUUCUCUGAGCAGAAUAUACUAGAAUAUAAGCAGUGCACUAAUUCUGAGGGGAUCUGGAGAGGGUGUGUAGCAACACAUGCGAAUGCCAGGUUUUUAAUAUUGCAUUAAGGACUGGAAUUGCAUUAGGAUUAAAUUAGAUGAGCAUUACAUCAGGGUUUUGCUCAAAGCAAUAUGUCUCCUAAAGGCUUAGGUUUAUCGUACAAUCAGUAAUUCAUACUGACAAUUUUACACCAACAGCCUCAAAGAAGCUUUAGAAAGCCUCCAUGGACGUGUUCUUUCGACGCCACUUUAAGAGGAAGGAGGCUGUUUUUGUGAGGCCAGGUGGUGAAGGGUCUGAGGCAUGUCGAUCCAGAAGACCCAGUAUUGCCGUACCAGCAAGCCGUGCACGUAGGCGUUCCAGCGCAGGUUUCGCCUCAGCUACACUGGCGCAGCGCAGGAGAUCCAGCGCUCAGCUACAGUCAUUACAGUCACUACAGUCACUGCCUCAUGCUGCUAGCAGCCGAACAAAUAAGAUCGGUAAUUCAAGGCGUCGCUCAAGCACCACCACACCAGGUGCAAAUCCACGUUUUGCUGUACGCCGUAAGAAGGCAAGCAAGUUACGUAACAUUGACACGCACCUUCUUGGCCCUUCCAUGCUGCUUGCCAGUCUUAUCCAGAUGACAGAGGAGGAAGAGGAUGUUCGAGAUCAAGCUGUUGGACAGGUGGAGCUGAAAGGGAGCAUGUCUUAUGUCUGCUCAGACCCUCUGCUUUCAGAAGGAGACAGCGAAAGUGAUAGUCCAAGCACCACCACUGAUUCUGACACUGACCAGUACAGAGAGCCAUAUGAUGAGCAUCUUAUGGAGGCAGGUUUGUCAGAGCAGGAAUUUAGAAAUUCCUCUAUUUUGUGCCAGCGGAACUGCCUGCCUCUAAGUGUGGUUGUCGAGCGGGUCCAGGCUCAUACGUUAAUCCGUGUCCCACGAUGUCUCAGGAGAAAUUCCUCAUACCUAGGCCAUGCCGAAGGUGGCCCACAAGGACGUUAUUGCCAGAGAAGACACCGCAGACGUGUAUCCACCAUAUCCAAGGCAGGCAGCCCUUGGCCAGGAAGAGGUCAACCACUGCCUAGUCGCAAGAACUCCACCUGUUGGAAGACACACACUGCCUUUAGCCCGCUAAUGGGAGCCCAUUAUGACCCUACACUGGAGUCAUGGAGUGGCUUCCUCUCGAAAGCCAUUGCCAAAUCUGGUGUUCAGAACCAAGCCACACAGUCCAAUGCCUUGGCAGCAACCAAGUGUGAAACUAACCCAGAGAUCUCCCAGACAGUGGAUUGGACCGAGAAUGCUCAGUUCGGACAGCAUGUCUGGUUUGAGACCAGUCUUUCUGGAGAUUUCUGCUAUGUUGGAGAGCUUUACUGCUUUGCCAAAUCACUGCAAAAAUCACUGCCUCGCUAUAAAUGUGCCGCUUGCAAAAUAGCAGUCCAUACAAUAUGCAUGGACCAGCUAGAGAAGAUUAAUUUCAGGUGUAAGCCAUCAUUUCGGGAUCCUGGCACGAGAAAUGUGCGAGAGCCAUGUACUGUACGGCAUCACUGGGUCCACAGGAGGCGGCAAGAUGGGAAGUGCAGACAAUGUGGAAAGGGUUUCCAGCAGAAGUUCUUUCACAAUAAAGACAUUGUGGCCAUCAGUUGCUCUUGGUGUAAACAGGCGUACCACAAUAAGGUGACCUGCUUCAUGCUACAGCACAUAGAAGAGACCUGCACUCUGGGUGCACAUGCUGCUGUUAUAGUUCCUCCUACCUGGAUCAUCCGAGUGCGCAGACAGCAGGCUUCCCUAAAGUCUAGUAAAAGGAGGAAAAAGACAUCUCUGAAAAGCAAGGCCAGCAAGAAAGGAACAGAGGACAUCAAAUGGAAACACUUCAUAGUCAAACCGAUUCCCUCUCAGCUCAUGAAGCCAUUACUUGUGUUUGUGAAUCCUAAGAGUGGUGGAAAUCAAGGAACGAAAAUUAUUCGGUCUUUCUUGUGGUACCUAAACCCACGACAGGUGUUUGAUCUCUCACAAGGAGGGCCUAGAGAGGGGUUAGAAAUGUACCGCAAAGUGCCCAACCUGCGCAUCCUAGUAUGUGGAGGAGAUGGAACGGUUGGCUGGAUCCUGUCAGUGCUGGAUGAGCUGCAAUUGAAUCCUCAGCCUGCUGUUGCUGUCCUCCCACUUGGCACGGGAAACGACCUGGCUAGAACACUCAACUGGGGAGGAGGCUACACAGAUGAGCCGGUGUCUAAAAUUCUGUCUCAUGUGGAGGAUGGGAACAUUGUGCAGCUGGACCGCUGGAACCUCAGUGUGGAGCCCAACCCAGAGGCCAGCGAAGAAGACAAAGACGAACACCAGACAGACAAGCUUCCCAUUGAUGUCUUUAACAACUAUUUCAGCUUGGGUUUUGAUGCACAUGUAACCUUAGAGUUCCACGAAUCCCGAGAGGCCAAACCUGAAAAAUUCAACAGCCGUCUUCGGAAUAAGAUGUUCUACGCAGGGACGGCAUUCUCUGACUUCCUAAUGGGCAGCGCAAAAGACUUGUCUAAGCAUAUCAGAGUGGUGUGUGAUGGCACAGACCUCACAAGUAAAGUUCAGGAGAUGAAACUACAGUGUCUGCUCUUUCUCAACAUUCCUAGAUAUUGUGCUGGUACUACGCCAUGGGGAAACCCUAGUGACCAUCAUGACUUUGAGCCUCAGAGACAUGAUGAUGGCUACAUAGAAGUUAUUGGAUUCACCAUGACUUCACUGGCAACACUGCAGGUAGGAGGUCAUGGCGAGAGGCUCCACCAGUGUCAGGAGGUGACUCUCACCACCUUUAAGCCCAUUCCUGUGCAGGUGGACGGCGAGCCAUGCAGACUGGCUCCAUCCGUUAUCCACAUCACGCUCAGGAACCAGGCCAAUAUGCUGCAGAAAACCAAGAGGAGAAUCUCCCUCCCACAGCUCAAUGAUCAGCAGCCCAUCUCUGAGCAGCUGCAUAUCCAAGUGAGCCGAAUCAGCAUGCGGGACUAUGAGGCUUUACACUACGACAAAGAUCAGCUCAAAAAAGCCUCAAUUCCUCUGGGAAUCAUCACGGUGCGGGCAGACAGCGAUCUGGAGACCUGUCGGCUGCACAUUGAGAGGCUUCACGAGGAGGGGGUUGGUGUGAAUUCGGACACAGCACCCAUAACAAAGCUCUCACCCAAAUGGUGUUUCCUAGACUCCACAACUGCAGAUCGUUUCUACAGAAUAGACCGUGCUCAGGAGCAUCUGAACUAUGUGACUGAGAUCUCACAGAAUGAGCUUUUUAUCCUGGACCCUGAGCUGGUCACUAAGGAAACGGUGGGCACAUCUACUGGAAUGCCAGAAAUGGUAGACACACUGGGAGAGAACUCUAAUAGCUCUGACCAGAUUGCCUUCCCAGCAUGCCCUGCACCGCUCUUUAGGAUAAAUGAAGAUCAAAUUGCAGCUGAGAGAAAGCUCAUAUCCUGCGAUGUCACUAAUGCAGAGGGACAGGCUGAUUCACUGGCAUCCUCAAACACGGACAUUCGCAAAUCAAGUGACCUGAUCCAGAAUGAGAUUGAUAAAGAGACCAUAAAGAUGCUAAUCACAAGUGUGAAAUCAGAUAAUUUUAAAAAGCUUGUACAGCUACACAAAGAAGGAGCCAGUCUUGCAGUAUAUGAUGCAAUGGGAUGUACUCUGCUCCACUAUGCUGUUGAUACUGGCAACAAGGAAAUGGUCAGAUACAUCAUAGAUAAUGCUCCACUGAGUAUCCUGGAUGUUGCAGAAAAAGAUACAGGUGAGACAGCACUGCACAAAGCUGCAGCAUCAUGCCAGAGGACAAUCUGUGGCUACUUGGUGGAUGCAGGCGCUUCCCUCACAAAGACUGACCUACAGGGUGACACUGCAAAAGCACAUGCUGAGAGAGCUCAGGACUUGCAACUGGCCGAGUAUCUGGAGAACCAGCAGCACCAUCAGAUGAUUCAGAGGGACGAUCAUGAGACAGCAGUAUAAACAACAUCCUAAACUGUCCUGGACAUCCACUGGCAAAUGAUUUUCUUGUCAUGGCCUAAUGAUGACACUGGGCAGCCUGUCAGUCUUGGUUUGACUGCAAUGCCAAACCAAGACAAAAUGUGAUGUCCUGUUGUAGCUGCAUGAAUAUGCUUCUCUUGUACUGGGGGUCAUUUUGUGCCAAAAGCUAAAUUUCAUAGAUAAUGAAAGCAAAAAUCUUUUGGAUAUGAGGGUUAGAAGAACAGAAGUACAUCUGACUUUGGGUUUAGCCUUUUAUUAAGCAAACCGCUUAAACCUCAAAACAGAUCAAUGUGGACAAAAGAGUCUCUUUUAGCUGUAUUUAAGGAAUCUAUCUUACUUUUAACUGAUAUUUGCUUGCCAGAAACUUAGAUACUUAUUCUACUCUAUUUUUGCUUGUUUAUUAAUAUUAUAGUAAUAUUAAACUUUUGUUUUUGUCAUUUUGACUGAAUUGAACUUUAUGACACAGAAACCUGCUUUUAAAACCUCUUCCUCAUUUAGUAAAUGUUGUAUUUUGUUAUGAGAAUGUAGUGACUGGCAUGAUUCUGCAAAUCUUUUUUUAAGUAAUAGUUAGUGGCUGGCUCUUUUUCGGGAUAUUCUUUUAAUCUUAUUCUGAACUAGCUUCUUUCAGCAGAUUUCUUCUGUAGAUGGAACACUGCAUUGAUCGUUUGAAGAACUCUUAUAGAAAUAGAAUGAUAAUAUUAGCUCAUUAGGUCACAAUGUCUUUAGGAGUAAGUUACCAUUUAUCAUCUUUUAAUUAUUUUAGGAGGUCUUUGAUUAAAUCAUUAUGUGUCAUUUCACAGUGUAAUUCCACCAGAAGAUGCUUGUCAAUGGUUAAUUACAUUUUAGGCACAGUGGCUGCAUUAAAAGAUUCAUUUUAUGAUUAAAAUAUGGUCUUGGAAUUUCUACUAAAACGAUCUGUGGGUUCAUAUUUACACCCUGAUGAGUAAAGACAUUGCAUUAUCUUCUGGUUAGUGUAUUUUGUGCUUACACAAUUGUUAGUGGCAUUUCCUCAGGUACUGAAUAUGUUUUUUUAAUUUUUUAUUUACUGUCAUGAGUUAUGAGUUAAACUGCAUUGUCAAUGCUCUGUUUCGAGUUGCUGUGCAAUUCACUAGACAUUGUGUGUACAUAUCUAUCAAACAUUUUAAAAAUGUGUGAGUAAUGAUACCAUUCCAAAAUCUUGUUGAAGCAUUUGUAAUACUUUAUGAAAUAAAAUAAAAUAAUAGGCAAUGGUUUAAUCCUACUACAAUAUAAACUUAGAUAAUAAAUUAUAGUAUUUACUGUACAUUUGUUGGUUUGUUAUUGUCGACCUGUAUAAAAGAAAUAAAGUUUUAAAUUUC